AUGGAGAAAGCACACGGGAUCCAGUUAUACGAACGAUGGGGCGAGAUGGCAGAGAUUGAGAAAUUGGAACUUAUCAAGCAAUUGACUCAGCUUGAGCGUCAGUUCUCGAAGAUUCAGUUCCCGGCGUAUGGGGGGUUGUAUUUGAGGGGUGAUGCGAGCGGUUUCAAACAUCACGGCCUUGAUGAUAGUCUGGAUGGACAGGGUCUGUUCUGUGUUGGUCCUUCGCCUGAGGCGUCUUUUUAUGAUCUUGAUGGGGCUGAUGGGGUAGCUGGUGAGGAUGGGGGAGUGGAUAGUGGGCCUUGGACGAGACUAUCAGACUUCGGAAUCUCAUUUGUCAAAAGACAAUUCUCUCUCCUUGCAAAGCAAACCCCAGACAACCAAUCACUCAUCUAUCCCGGGGACCCAGAAGAACAAGCCCGCCUCUUAGAAGCCACAACAGCCCUCAUGCGCAUGCUAGACUCGCACCCCAUCCUAUCCCAAUUCUCCCAGCCAACACUAUGGCACACAGACCUCCACAUGGGAAACAUCUUCAUCUCACCCUCCAACAACUCCCUCAUCACAUCUCUAAUCGACAUCCAAUCUCUCUCCAUCCGCCCCCUCUUCCUGCAAACCAGAUGGCCUAUAUUCCUCCUCCCUCCUCGAAAUUAUCCCCAAGGAUUUAUCCAACCAACCCUCCCACGAAACUUCAACAACCUAGAUCCAGACGAUAAAACCCUCGCUCUACACCAAUGGAACCUCUCCAAAAUGGCAAAAGCGUAUGAAGUCUCCACAUUUCUCGAAAACAGACCCGCGUAUCACGCCAUGAACGUCCCGCGUGUCUUUCGAGAAUUGUUCAUUCGCGCUGGAGAGGUAUCUUCCGUUGGAAUUGUUCCGCUACGGGAGUGUCUGGUUGAGAUAUUUCAGAAUUGGAAUGGUCUCGGUAUGACAGGCAAUUGUCCUUAUGGGUUUAGCCAGGAGGAGAUUAGAUCUCAUGGGGAGCAGUUUGAGAGGUCUCCGGAAUGGAGCGAGGUUCACCAACUCGCGAUGGAAGCGCUGGAUACUGAUGCGGAGGGGUGGAUAUCGCCGCAUGUGGACUUUGAGCUGAAGAAGAGGCAGAAUAGGGAGUUGAGGGAGAUGUAUAUUGAGCGAAUGGUAGGGGAAAAGUCACAGGAAGAAGUCAGACGAAUGUGGCCGUUUCCUGAAUGGUAG